CAGCGGCGCGGCGCGGCGCGACGCGGAGCGACUGCCGCUUUGAAAACAAACUGUCGUAUUAGCAUGAGUAUUAUCAUACAGGCAGCGGAGCGUGGCGGCGCGGAGCGGAGCGGUGCGUAGCGGCAGUUGAAGAAACAAAUCAUUUUGUUUCUUGCGAGCGGCAGGAGCGGCAGAGCGAUGGAUGUAGAGCAGCUAAUUGUUGAAGUGUUCGCCAGAAAGCCUUUGUGGCAAGUGAAAAAUUGCCAGCAUCACAAUCGAGGUGUGAUAGAUAAAUUGUGGGGAGAAGUUGCAUCAGCUUUGGAGUCUGAUACAGAAGAAUUGCGUAAGAAAUGGAAGAAUUUGAAAGACCGAUUCAGGAAGGAGCUGAGAAAAAUAAGAGAUAAGAAGUCAGGUGCUGAUGGGGCUACCCAACAGGAAAGUGACUGGCCAUUUUUUCCAUUGUUGCACUUCUUACGGGAUCAGAUGACUCCAGCACAGAUGAGCGGUAAUUUGCAAGAAAUGACAGCUUCUGAAAUCCAUGAUACAGCAGGAAACAGUGAUGAUGAGGGAGGACAGGAGACACAAGUACGGUUUGCAAGUGAAAGAACAGUAGAUCGACCGCAAACACCUCCAAACACGUUAGUUCGGACACCAGAUACUCAUGAGCUUGUUCGAAAAAGGAAAAGAGACAAUUCACAGGACGUGACCACGCAGAAGCUCUUACAAAUAGAGGAGAAAAAACUGGAAUUCCUACGAAAGGAAAACGAGCAAGAGAAAAAUGAUGACUACCAUUUUUGUAUGAGCAUUAUUCCACAUAUGAAUAACUUCACCUCGCGACAAAAAUUGCGUGUGCGUAACAGAAUUCAAAGUGUGAUUAUUGAAGAGUUAGAUAAAAUAGAAGGCACACAGACUAAUCAAGGUGGGCUAACAGGAUACGUGUACGGGGAGGACGGUCACUAUACACAAUUACCAAUUCACAACAACCAGUCAUACCUCCCAGGACCUUCUCAUAUUUAA